AUGCUUUUUGCGGCGUUGGCGGUCCUGUUUAGCUCUGCGUCCUCUCCGGGAUGCAUAGAUCCUACACAGAACCCAGACGGCGAGUACGAGUGCCAGCACGGAGGCGUCUGCACGAGGUUCGAGACGCUUCUCAGCUCCGGCUUUAUCUGCGACUGUCCUCGCGGGUCCUUCGGCCGCGCAUGUAACUUCUGCGACCGGUCAUUCAUGCUCAUCAAUGAUCGGUGUGUCAGCCCCGCUUGCGUCCUUGAUGGUGUGAGCGUUUGCGGGGGCAGCGGCGAGUGCCUCUACACCGAGGACACAGACUCAUGGUCGUGUUCGUGCAGAGAUGGAUUCGUUAACAUCGCAGGGACGUGCGUCUCCUCCUCAUGCAUUAAUCCAGAGAGUCCGGAUCUCAUUUGCAGCGGCAACGGCAGCUGUAGGUCUCUUCCAGGUGGGGAAACAGGCGAUGACUAUCUCUGCGACUGUAACGAUCUCCACUUGGGCGACCAUUGUGAGGCAUGUAAUCGCAGAACGUCUAAGCCCGUGACUACAAACGGGGUGACAGAGUGUGUUUCCCUGGAAUGCUUUACUGAAGAUGAGGAGCUACCCUGCGGCGGUCACGGACACUGUGGCAGCUACCCUGUCGAUGGGAAACUCUCCUAUACUUGCAUGUGCGGGUUUGGAUACUCUCUCGUGAACAAGACAUGUGUAGCAUCAUCGUGUAUUUUUGAAUACAGUAACGGACAUCAUGUCUGCGGCUACGACGACUCCUUCAAGACGGCGUGCGUAGAAAGUGCCCAAGGUGAGUGGUCCUGUAGAUGCCCGUCCGACACUACAUUCAUGGACGGCUAUGGCUGUGUUUCUAGCCAGUGCAUCGAGAAUAGUGGCGAGCCUCCAUGCGGUGGCGUUGGUGGAUGUUAUGUAUUCCAGAUUAGCGGUGAGACGAAGACGUACAAGUGUCAAUGCCCGCAUUACACUGUUGGAAACUUUUGCAAGACUUGUUCUCCUAACGAGGCAACGAACAUAGACGGUGUUUGCGUUCCUAAUGAUUGUAUUUAUGGCAACACAUCGUGUAAUGACCACGGGGUGUGUCAUAGUCUUUUAGUUCAUAGCUUCUGCGAAUGUGAGUCGGAAUUUGACACUGUUGAUGAGAUGAAGCACUACUGCGGGAUACCGGAGUGCCAUGACCCCAACACAAAGAUGCUUUGCUCCGGGGCUGGUGCGUGUAACGAGCAAACGCGGGUCUGCGUGUGCAUCAACGGUUUUCAGUAUCAAUCAUAUGGCGGCUGUGUUCCUGAUAAACUAAUUAACGAGAAUGGUGUUUGCAAUGGGCGCGGAACGGCCUCCCUGAAGGACCCGUGGGACCUUCCUGCCAACGAAAAGCUUAAUGCCACAAACCCCGAGCAUUGGAUCUGCGUGUGUGGUACUCUAUACACUGGCGAAACUUGUGACCAAUGCAACCCAUCAACAUCCUUCACGCCAACAGCUUCCCCACCAGAAUCACAACCUACGGGUGCUCCUCCUCAACUACCAACUUGCACGCCUCGUGAUUGUUAUAAUGAUGGGUAUGAGUUGAAGGAUCCUGAUCCUCCUGUCGAUCCUAAUCAGCCGUCUGAUCCUACUUAUAUCGAUCAGCCUACUAAGCUAUGCACGAAUCCUUUACAGGAGAAUAACAGUCCCUUGGGUACGUGUGAGAGCUACAAGAUAGAGGACGAAGACAUGUUCAUAUGCACCUCGAACGAUCCGAAUCAGUACCAGCAGGCCUAUAAUUCUUCCUCCAUCUAUCCCGUCGCCUGUACGACACCGGGACAGCAUUACGUUCGCCAAAAUUUCAUGUGCGGGCUUCUACAGGGCAAAACAGCUCCUCUUGAGAUCAGGAUGGUUAGCUGUAGCACUACCGAAACCAACGGUUACAACUGUACGUGCAAUGGAGAGUACAACUGGGUUAGCAGGACGAUCAAUGGCGUGAUACACUACAGCUGUAUGCACGACGAGUGUCUUAACGAUGGGGCUACUUCCGGGUCUUCAGACAUUAACGACUAUUGCUCCGGGCUGGGCGAUUGCAUACUGGAUCUUACUGGAACAACUCACACUUGCGCCUGCAGCGCCAACGCCGUGUUCUACAAGAAUAAGUGCAUUCCAAGAGCGUGUGUUUCUGGGUGGAAAGAUGAGCAGACGCCAAUCAUAUGCGGCGGCCGUGGAACCUGCACACACUGGGGAGACGGCGACUGGGGCUGCAAGUGCAUGGAUGUCGAUCACUAUACUUACGUGAGCGGGGGCUGCUAUCCGAAUUCUUGUGUCUAUCUCUGGCAAAAUCCUACCGAUGGCGCCUCAUACAUCCAACUCUGCGGUGGUGAUAGCGUGGUUGCAGGGGGCACGUGCAUCGUUGACGAGGCUGAUCCUUCGAAGUCCUAUUGUGAGUGCAAUGCCGACUUCGUGAGAUAUGGGCAGACGUGUGUGCAUAAGAAGUGCACAUCUGUGGAUUAUCACAACGACUUUCAGGUAACCCCCGACUCCAUCUGUUCUGGAAACGGCUACUGUCUGUUCAACUCCCGUACCAAUAUGUCCACCUGCUUCUGCACGAAGGGGACUGCCUACGGUCCAUUUUGCUCCGUCGAACCAUGCAUUACGAAUAUUGAGUAUGAGUUUGGAGAUACUUGGGGUGAGAUAACUCUGAAUUGCGGAAGGCCUGGGGCCGGCGUUUGUAACAUCACUGGGGAGUCCACCGGCGAAUGCUCAUGCAAUCCCGAUUAUGAGCUUUUGCCACCAACUUCUGAGCAUCCAGAACUGGCCAAAAUUUGCGUCAAUACAGGGUGCAUCGACAAUGGAGUAUACUGUGGCGGAGACCUGGCCGCAGUUUGUGGUAUAUCCAGAGCCGUGGCUACGUGCCUAUGCAGCCAGGCAUUCGAGGCCGUGAACAACACAUGUGUGCCGAAGAUGUGCUAUGCGCCGAAUCCAGACGGGAUGAUGGCCGUCUGUGGCGGCGUGGGAACGUGCGAAAAGGAAUCAGGCUCUAAUGUGUACUCUUGCAAGUGCCCCACGAGCGGCUACACAGCUGCUCAGAUGAAAUAUAACGGUAACACAGUCUGGACUUGCGCCCCGCAGAGCUGCGUCAAUGGCACAGACAGUAGCGCCACAGUGUGUGGAGGAACUACUGGGGGGUCUUGCGUAGGCUCCGGCGGGCAGUAUCGCUGUUCAUGUAGUGACGGAUUCUUCCUUAUCACCCCCACCCAGUGCGUCAGCAACAAUUGCCUCUCGCAGAAUAUGAAUGGUCAGAUUUCCGUUUGCAGCGGGGUAGGAACGUGUUCUGAGAGUACAAUGGGCAUGUUCACUGAGUACUACUGUACUGGCUGUACUACUGGUUUCAAAGCUAUAGAUGGAAAAUGCGUCAGCGAGAGCUGCUACUUCCAAAUCGAUUCCCUGAGCAAGUACUACGUUUGUGGAAAGCUGGGCAACUUCGGCGAGUGCGUGGGGACGGGUUCGGGAUUCACCUGCUCUUGCUCCUACGGCUUUUUCCUAGCCGAGAAAUACUGCGUCCCUAAUCAGUGCACAGAUAACCGCAGACACCCGGCAGAGUGUGGGGGCCAUGGCGAAUGCAAGCUUAAGAGCCUGGCCGAGUUCACCUGCGUUUGUAAUGCCAACUAUGAAACUGUCGACACCGAUGAGCUUGGACUUCACUAUUGUGUCGCCCAAGCUUGCAUGGUGAAGGAUAACGGAGUUGUUACAUCCAUAUGUAAUGGUCAUGGCUUGUGCAGGAAAGAUAGGUGUUCCUGUUAUGAAGGAUAUGCAGACGAUCCAUCUGCAUCAACUAAUGAUCCAACAGGAAACUGUACGGUUUGUGCUACUGGUUAUAAAGAGUAUCCUGCUCCUAACACUCUCACCGCCAUCGCAGCCAACGCAAACUGCGUCAAAAAUAACUGCGGCCGGUCGACUCAAGACGAUGACUGCGGCGGGUCCACUGUUGCCAAUAAUCCCUCCUGUGUGUACUCGUCUAAGACUUCGACCUAUGAGUGCUCUUGCAAGACAGGCCACUACUCUAACAAUGGAAUUUGUAAGGUCUCCAGCUGUACGGACGGCGACUCCACUGUAGAGUGCGGUGGCUCUCAAUUUGGCACGUGUGAUAACACAAACAAUAUAUGCACGUGCGUCUCUGGGAUGGUUUUGGUCAAGCCGUACCUUUGUGUCUCCCCGCGCUGCAUCUCCAACAGUGCAACGAACGAGGUCUGCAAUGGGCACGGAACCUGCGCAAUAAAUCCUCGCACGCAGAUAGCCGCCUGUAGGUGUACUGACGACUACGUUACAGCCAGGGACGGUCUGUGCUACCUCAGCACUUGCUUCAACGAUCCCGAGCAUUCUCAGCCAGUGGUUUGUGACGGUGCUGACAACAGCUGCAAUACAGGAGGUGAAUGCUCUUGCACACCGCCGUUCGUUAAAUUCGCUGGCCAGAACGGGUGCGUGCAUAGCAAUUGUAUCCAGAACGGGGUCGUUUGUGGAGGUCGCGGCGUGUGCCGUGCAAACCUUCUUUACACGCAGUACUCGUGUUUCUGCAAUGAUGAGUACAUCCUAGCGUCAGACGGAACAUGCCAGCCUAGGUCCUGCUCCCGAGACGGGGUGACCGUCUGCGACAACAACGGCACCUGCGAGGCGGAUGCAAGUGGCUCGACAUAUAGCUGUAAGUGCAAUGGUACAACUAUACUCUACAUGAAUGGCUGCGUUCCACGCGCCUGUUUCCCGCAAUACAAUCCUCGAGCAUCUCUUUGCGGAGGAAAUGGUCUAUGUGAUAUGUCAUCUGGGAUGUGCCAAUGCAAUAGCGACGCGUCGCUUACGGACGAACUUCUCUGCCAGCCAACCGACUGCGUUAAUCCUCAGUACUCGGCAACAGUGUGCACGAAUAACGGAGUGUGCAAUUCUGUCAGCAACGUUUGUUUGUGUGUCGAGGGAAGCUCUGGGAAGUACUGUGAGUCGUGUGCCUCCGGAUAUAAGAAGUACACUAGUAACGACGAGUACAACGGCAGGUGCGUCAAGGACUCCUGCGGAAGCAAGAAUUGUGGGACCCCAGGAAAAUGCAUCUUCGACUCCGACAUCAUCGAAUAUCGCUGCCUAUGCAAUGACGGGUUCUACUACAGCACAUCCGAGCAGGAGUGCCGCCGAUGCCUCAUGGAUAACUGCGUUACCUGCAACGGGGAGUCUUCAUGCGCCGUUUGCGAGGAUGGCUAUUAUUCCAACGGAGGGCGCUGCAGGGAGUGCGACGAUGAUUGUCGGACCUGCUCAGGACCAGAGGAGAGCCAUUGCUUGAGUUGCAUGCCGGGGAAGGUCCAUAGCACAGGGGUCGGUCCCGCAAAUUGCAUUGACGAGUGCAAGGAGAAUGAGGACGGAUGCGCGACGUGUGGCUCGGUGAUUGCGGGAAGCAGGUAUUGCUCCGUCUGUCGUGGACAGACCAGCUUCCCUCUCGAGGGUACCUGCCAUGCGAAGACCUCCCGGGCCGGCGACGCCUGCGAGAGCGUCGUGGCAGGCAGGUGCACCAGGUGCUUGGGAAACUACUUCCUUUACGAAGGCGGAUGUUAUAGUAGCAGUCGUCUUCCUGGGAGCCAAGUGUGUUCCGUGGUUCUCGGGGGCAACUGCCUGAAGUGUGCCGACGGGUACUAUAAGGCCGGGAGCGACGUCGAGCACGCAUGCGUGUCAUGCGAUGGUCUGAUGGAAGGAUGCACUAAGUGCAUGGCAAGCGGUUGCACAGAGUGCAAGGCUGGGUACUAUCCAGACACUUCCAAUGGACGGUGCAUGGAGUGCGCCAGCCCAUGCAAGACGUGUAACGGCGCUGGCGGUCGGUGCACAUCCUGCGCGAAAGGAUAUUUCGCUCAGUUCAUGGCCGAUGAUCUGAACAACUACGGUGAGUGCCGGAAUUGUAGCAACACCACCGCAGACAACGGGCUGGUUGGUGUGAGGAAUUGCAAGGAGUGCGUCGUUUUUGCAGUCGGAUCCCUUUCGCAACCGGAGAUGGUCCACUGUAGCGAAUUCUCCUCCGUCAAGUCGUCGGCCGGCGUCAUAGCGGGCUCUGUCAUAGCAGUGCUUCUUGUGCUAGGCGGAGUCAUCGGGUUCUGUGUCUGGUGGUUCCUGGUCCGCGGCAAGAAGGGUCAGGCAGCUCAGAAAGGACGACGUGGAAAGUCCUAUUCUGGCCGAAAGUAUGUGCGGACUGUUUCCGAUCCUGACAGCACGUCGUUGCUAUCCACAGACAUGACUAACUCGCUUCUUUAG